AUUUUUAAUUAUGCAUGCAAACACCACCAACAGUAACAUGCAUGAACCAUUUAAAAACUUAACUUUCAGUUAGGAACAGGAACUAUACACACAAUGUCAUGCAUAUCCUAUUGCUAAUACGAAACCCAUGAUCAAAUUUAAUAGACGUAUUAACAGUUUAGCAGAAUUGUGAGAAAUAAUGAAACUCUGCAUUAUGCUUUUGGUAAUUGUUCUGACAUGUUUGGCUUUAAAAAGCAACGCAGAUAAAGAACAAGAUGUACAAGCACAGAGAAAGAUAGAUCUAGCUUCUAUCUUGGGAGAAGAUGACCAUGAUGACAAAUUUACACAGAAAAUGAUAAAUGUUGAGAAACAGAACCAGCAGAAGUGGGAUAACUUAGGAGACGGUCCACUCUCUGUUGAGUGCAACAGCAAUAAUGGAGAGGCUCUGUAUAGAGUGAAGAGCGUCUUCAUUAACUGGAGGAGAGACAGGAGAUGGAAGUGGGACUGUCGUAAGGUGGCCAAUAAACCUAUGAGCGACUGCAGCUGGACUCCAUAUAUCAAUAAGUGGGGAGGACCUAUUGACAAAAAGUGUCCAGCCAACUUCGUCUUGACUGGGAUUAAGAGUGUGCAUUUAAAUGCCAAAGAGGACAGAAGAUGGAAACUAAAGUGCUGUCAGGCUCCGGGUUAUACCACUACCGACUGCAAAAAGACAAAGAAGCUAAACAUAUAUGGGUCAAAGUUCGACCACGAAACGUUCAAAGAAGGAGCGAUUGUAGGACUUCACACUUUACAACACAUCAAUAAUAGGGAUAGAGCAUGGCAGAUGUUUGAAUGUAAGUACACAGCAAAACAAGAGCCAAAUCAGCCACCAGCUGUAAAAAGUCGUCAUUUCUUUUUUGUGCCCUACGACAUGUUAGCAAAUCUUAACCCAUGGGGGUGAGGAAACUAACUCGAACUAACUCAUGGCGAUUAGAAAACUGAAAUAGAAUCAUUGAGUGUAUACAUGCAAUCAUAAUACAUGUGGGAUAAUGAA